AAAAAAAUUUGACUCUACUCUAUGGUACAUACAAGUUAUGAUUGUUUGUGAAGUGUGAAGUAUUUUGUGAUUUUUAACGCUAAUGCUAUUAUAAACGACUGUUCUUAAACACUAAGAAAGAUUCAAGUCUUCCUGUAAGUAAACUAAAUAUACAAAAAAUGUCUGAUACAAGUGACCUGGACCGUCAAAUAGAACAAUUGAAAAGAUGCGAAAUAAUAAUGGAGGCGGAGGUUAAAGCACUUUGUGCGAAAGCCCGCGAGAUUCUUGUGGAAGAAAGUAACGUGCAACGAGUAGACUCACCAGUUACGGUUUGUGGUGACAUUCAUGGACAAUUUUAUGACCUUAAAGAGUUAUUUAAAGUAGGUGGUGAUGUUCCGGAAACUAAUUAUCUGUUUAUGGGUGAUUUUGUUGACAGAGGCUUUUAUUCAGUAGAAACUUUCUUACUAUUACUUGCGUUGAAGGUCCGUUAUCCAGAUCGUAUCACACUUAUCCGUGGCAACCAUGAAUCACGUCAGAUUACACAAGUUUACGGAUUCUAUGAUGAGUGUUUAAGGAAAUAUGGUUCAAUUACUGUGUGGAGGUACUGCACAGAAAUCUUCGAUUAUUUAUCUCUAUCGGCUAUAAUUGAUGGACGGAUAUUCUGUGUGCACGGUGGCCUGAGUCCGUCUAUACAGACACUGGAUCAAAUACGUACGAUUGAUCGUAAACAAGAAGUACCUCAUGAUGGACCAAUGUGUGAUUUAUUGUGGAGCGAUCCUGAAGAUACUCAAGGCUGGGGUGUAUCUCCGCGUGGUGCGGGCUACCUGUUUGGAUCUGAUGUGGUGGCGCAGUUCAAUGUGUCCAAUGAUAUUGACAUGAUAUGUCGCGCGCACCAGCUUGUUAUGGAAGGAUACAAGUGGCAUUUCAAUGAGACAGUACUCACUGUCUGGUCCGCACCAAACUAUUGCUACAGAUGUGGCAAUGUAGCGGCCAUCUUGGAACUGAAUGAAAACCUUCAACGUGAGUUCACAAUAUUCGAAGCAGCACCGCAGGAAUCACGAGGUGUACCAUCAAAGAAACCCCAGGCUGAUUACUUUUUAUAAUAACGGACGUCCGGAUAUAGCGACGUAGUGAUAAAACAAUUUAUGUGUUUAGUGUCUCAGUGUCUCAUUUCUAAGACCAAUGUGAAUGCUUUCUGUGUGAUUUGAAUAGUGUUUUUUAUAUACAUAUGAAGGAUUUCAUUACUGUAAGUAUGAUUUUUUUUAAUAUAUCUAUACUAAUAUUAUAAAGCGGACGAGUUUGUUUGUUUAUACAUACAAAUCUCAGGAAAUACUGGUCUGAUUUGAAGAAUUCUUUUAUUGUUGGAUAGUCCAUUUAUAGAGGAAAGCUUUAGGCUAUAUAAUGCUGCGACCAAUAGUUUU